GGAUUCAUUGUUUGCUGUCAUUGCCAUAGCAGGCUACUAGAUCCGAUCAGUGGGAAUACUAUGGCUGCGACAAAAUGUCUUUCAGAGGUAUUUUGAGUGCCGUCAUUCUCCUCUUCUCCGAAGGAUUGAUAUUACAGGGCCCCAGUAGUCCCCUGGUUGCCCAACUAGGAGGUGUUUUGCGGCUUCCUUGUUCUGUGGAGACCCCAUUACCUCUGGAUGACCUGGAGGUUGAAUGGAGAAGGACCGACUCAAAGGCGCUGGUGCACCUCUUCCAAGAAGGAGAAAGCAGACCAGAAUCACAGAGCGAUGCAUACAGGGACCGAGCGCACUUUUUUACAGAGAGAGAGAUUGCCAAAGGGAACUAUUCUCUACUUCUUCGCAAUGUUACAACUGACGAUGCUGGAAUUUACAGUUGCGGCGUUUACACAAAUGAGGAAACCGGUGAAAUUGCAGUUGAAAUUGAAGCCAUUGAGCACUUGGUGUUGACAGGAGCAGACCAUGCUGUGACUGCCUAUGUAGGUGAAGAGGUCAUUCUGAACUGCUCUGUGGAUUCUCAUAUUCCUCCUGAAGAGGUGUCCUGGGCAAAGGUUGAUUCAGAUGAAAGCCACAUGCUAGUUCUGCUUUUUCAAGACAAUGAAACUUAUCCAGGAGAUUCAAGUUACCAAGGCAGAACAGAGUUCUUCACGUCAGAGAUCCCCAAAGGCAACUUCUCACUGCGACUGAAGGAUGUCAGGACUGAAGACAAAGGAGAGUACAUCUGUAAAGCCCACAGUGGUCUUCUAUCAGCCAACACUACUGUUAUACUGCAGGAGCUGGGUCUCUCCUCUAUGCACAUACUGGUGUUAGUGUUGUGCUGCUCAGCCAUUAUAGUGGCACUUGUUGUUUCUGCUAUGAUCCUUUUGGACGUCAAAGACAUAACCCAAAGAGAGCCUUGA